AUAUAGGUGGGAGAGACAUGAGUCAAACAAUCACUCUAAAGAACGUGACACUGCGGCUGUGACAUGAGCUGUGAUAUGAGGUGCCCAGGGCAGCCACAGCAGACGAUGGUGGGCCUGACCGAAUCAGAGAGGCCACAGAGGCCCCCGAGGAAGUGACUUUUGAGUUAGGACAUGAAGGACAAGUGGGGGUUACCUGGAUAAAGGGUGAGGGGAACACUCCAAACUAAGGAAGCAGCCUUAGGUGGGAGGGAGUCUGAUCUGUUCUCACACUGGAAGGGACACCAGCUCUUCCCACCCCCCUCCUGUGGCCAGAGCAGUAAAGAUCUCAUCCUGGACCACCUGGAGCUCAUGUCCCUGCUGGAGAGGCCAGAGCCUCUUCCCAUCAAUGGGAGUCAGCCUCUCUCAUCAACGUCCUCCAGGAGGGUUUCUUUUCGGCAAGCGUGUCUACUUGGCACACAGUCACAGCUCUGGGGCCAGAAUCCAGCUGUGCUUCACAAGUGCAGGCCACCGCCAUCCCUUACCGCAGCCCACCUGGCUUGACAACAGCCUCCUCAUCACCCCUCACAGCCAGAGGACAGAGCUGACCACAUCACAGCCUGCUCAAACCCUUCAGCGAAGUCCUACCAUCAGUGGACAGAAUCUACACUCAAACUCUGGUCUGCACACUCCAGACACUCAACUUGUCUCAGGCUGGAGGUCACCCCCAAGAGCCCACCUUUCUUCAGCUGGACUGCAUGUGUUGAGGACUGCAGGCUGCAGGGUGGUCAUGGCCCAUGAAGACACACUACUUCUGAGGAUGUACACGACUCAGGGCUUCAGUCACACAGCUGCAGUGACAAAAUGGGGCUCCAAGUGUGCUGUACUCAGGAGCUCUACCCCAGGGCAGUCAGAUGCUGUUUGUUAUCACCAAGUUGAACACAAAGUCCACAAGCUUAAGUCCAUGAGCAGCAAAUCAAGACUGAAGACUUUCUCCUUGCAGUGCCCCAGUAAUUUCUUUGUUUCAAUUUUAUUAGGCAUAUGAGACCUUGUCUUCUUGUUGUUAAUAUCAACAUUUUAAUUUCUCUUCUUAUUAUUCAUUUUAAUGAAACAAGAGGGCAUGAUGCAAUAAAAAUAUUUAAGGAUAAUUGUACAAA